GAUCGUGGGAUUAUAUUCUGUUCAAAUAUAACCGGAGGUCUGCUUGUAAAUAUGCUGGGUGUGAGCAGAGAGUACGUAGUCACACUAGACAUGAACGUGAAACACCGGGUAGUAGGUCCUGGUGGUGUAUCGGAGGGGUGUACGGUGACCCUGGCCGAUGCCAAUCACUGUCCUGGCGCGGCACUUAUGCUGUUUGAGAUGGAAGACGGGACUCGGCACCUGCACACAGGGGAUUUCCGAGCAUCAGAAGCUGUGAGGAAUUCAAUUCAGCGGUCACGGAUACACACUCUAUUCCUGGACACAACUUACUUCGAUGCGAAACAUACGUUACCAGAUCAAAAGGCAGUGGUGGAUCUGUGCGGGCGCAUAGUAGCUGACGCGCGCAAGAAUUGCGAGAAGGUGCUUAUCGUGGUCACAGCUUAUAAUGUUGGCAAGGAGAAACUCGUGCUUAAAAUGAUGGAGGACGACCCAUCUUUAAAGGUAGGCGUUGAUCAGCAGAAGAUGAAACGGGUAUUUCUCACCCAUAACGAAUUGGCCCUGAGCCAACGGUUCACUGUUGAUCUGGAAUCCAGUGGAGUGCAUAUCUGGAGAUGGGGCCAAAUAGGCGAUUCCCCACCGGGCAAUUGGACGUUCUUCCCUAAUUAUGACAAGUUGAGAGCUUACGCAGCGAAGUAUAAGGCAGACAAGAUCAUUGGGAUCGUACCAACUGGCUGGUGCUAUCACUUCUCGAAGAAAAGUUUUGCUAGAGAUGAGCAACCAGUGGACAAGCUUGUGCCGUGGCUAAAGCACGGAGUGAAUGAGGUCGAGAUCAAUGGAGAAAUGGUCAGAUAUCACAAGCAGGCUUUGGAUAAUGUGAUGGUUGUUUGUGUGCCGUAUAGCGAACACAGUAGUUACACCGAGCUUAUCAAACUGGUAGAGCACGUGCGACCGAAGAUUGUAUUUCCGACUGUCGUGAGUAAAGAAAAUAAAGAAGCGAACAUAGCUAAAAUACAGAAGAAACUACAGAAGUAUUGCGAUCCUCAGUUUGCCAAAGAUCAAAAGCAAGCUGUUGCGAAGCGUGCUCACUUAAAGUUGUUUGGAGCGGCUACAACCAAGGGCGUCCGUGUAUCCGGGGGCAAAGAGUUCGAUCCGGAACAUGAGAUCCAUGCUGACAUAACAAGUGGUGACUACGUAGAGUUUGUGAAGCCGACAAAAUUGGAGAAGAAUGGUCUUGCAUCAGCGGAUAAUUACGAGGUGAAUGAGGACGACACACAGGGACUGAGAAGGCCGACACUGAGGAAACGAAAAGCUAGUGCGAAAGCCAGUGCGAUAGCGCGUAGUGUUGAUGGCUCCAAACGGACUCGUAGCAUACCUAAACCCUUAAAACAGGAAGUCGGACCCGAUGUAAAUAUAUCAGAUGUCAAGACAAGUGGGAAAGUGAUAGAGGUCGAUCAGAAAGUCAAGGUUGAGGAGAUCAGGGAUGCUGAGGGUGGUAUCAUAGAGAAUGCUGAUGAUAAUAAUAUGAUAAAGAGAAUCAGUAGCUACAGUAAAAAGGAUAAAGCAGCUGAUAUAGACAAACUGUCGGGUCUGUUGCCCGUGGAGAUGACACGUGAUGACCUGGCAAUGCUAUUAGAGAGUAAGGGUUGGAGUGUGGGGGAGGCUGCCAACGCAUACUUUGAUAACGAGGUCCAGAUGGAUGGUGAUGGACACGAGUGUUCGAACCAGGAAGUGGAGAAGGAGCAGGAGAGUAUUGGAGUAUUAAAUGAGGACUCUGCAAGAGAAUUAAGAUAUAAGGACAGGGCGGGAGUGGAGACAAUCGAUCUGACGGAUGAUAAUAAAUAUAUUAAGGAUGAUAUGGUAAGUAUGAAGGAUAGCAAACACGGUUUGACAGCAGGCAAGCAGAAGGGACAAAAGAAAACUGUUGCAAAGGUAGCGAAGGGAAAGACGAGGAAGAGUGUUAUGAAGAGAAAGGGGAGCGACGAACGUCUUAAGGAUGCCAAGCCGAAGGCUAAACAGGCCACGUUGCUCGGGUUCUUCAAGAAAGCAGAUCUGCCCGCAGCUUGAAGCAUUUGUGCUAUUUAUAAAGACA